GUUGUCUGUCGUGUGCGCAAAAAAAGAUUUGCUUCGAAAUUCAAACGAUUGAAACAAUCAACAACUAGCCAUAAAAUCCAUUACCUUAUUAACAUAUAGCUAUACAAGAUGACCAAAGUGGAGCUUUAUAAAUCGCGUGUCUUUGUGACAAUCAUUCACCUGUGUGCGCUGGGCCAAUUCGCUUAUGGACUGUAUUACAGUAGCUUUGAGGUGCAACGCAGCUACAAAUUAAAGACGAGCUUCAGUCGUCGCCUGGUGCCCGAAACUUUUCCACAAAAAUUACGAUUUCUCAGCUAUUGGUCGCUGAUAAUACAAGCCCUGUAUUACGUUAUCUCCCUCGUGAAUGAUUUUGUGGGCACAAACGAGCUGGUUCCACGGCGAGCGCCCGCUAUACGGAAAUUCAAGGAUUGGUUGCUGUCUACACUGGCCUUUCCGGUCGCCCUGAAUGUGGGCAUAACGUUCUGGACCCUCUACGCCAUCGAUCGUGAAUUAGUCUUCCCUAAGGUGCUGGAUCCUGUCUUCCCCAGCUGGCUCAAUCAUGUAUUGCAUACAAAUAUUGUUGUCUUCAUUGUCUUGGAGAUGUUUACAUCAUACCGUGCUUAUCCCACACGCAGCAAGGGAUUGACUGGUCUCGCCAUCUUUAUGGGCAGCUAUCUGGUUUGGAUACACAUUAUCAAACACUACUCCAAUGUCUGGGUAUAUCCUGUCUUGGAGGUCCUGCAGCUGCCACAGCGUAUUCUAUUCUUCGCCGCUGUGUUGGGCUUCACAUUUGCUCUCUAUCUGCUCGGAGAGUUCAUCAACAAUGUUGUUUGGGCCAAGGAAGUCAAACUAUCGCUGCGCAAAUCCAAGUAGGCUGUGUAUGUCUUACAGAAUCCCCUCAAGUAGUCAAUAAA